GAUGCUAUGUCGAAGACCUGAUGGAUUGUCGCCCUUUUCUCUCCUGCUUUUAUCGAGACUUGAACGCAAUCGAUGGAUACGGUACCGGUUCAAAACAUAGAAUAGUACAUUGUGUUUAGUCGUGCAGUGAGAAAAGAUGUCUAACAUACUUCAUGUAGCGACCAACGUGAAAUGGAACCGGUCUGCAGCAGCAAAGCGGGCUGCCUUCCUUGUGGUUGCUGCAUACGGUGUGAAAACGCUGUACCCUAUCAUCUGCAAACAGAUCAACAAACGAAAGGAGAGACAAAAUCCACCGCACUCGAGAGGAGAGGAAAAUGGAUCGUUGGCCGUCAAGAAAUCCGCGACGGACAUUGUGCCUUCCCACAAGAAGAAAUCCCCUGGCGUGGAUGCAGAAUUUUUCAAGCAGGUCCUUGAACUGGUCAAAAUAGUAUUCCCCAAGCUUUUAACAAAGGAACUGGGUUUGUUGUGUUUGCAUUCUGUUGCACUCGUCUCCAGGACGUUUUUAUCCAUUUAUGUCGCCGGAUUGGACGGCAAAAUUGUGAAAACAAUCGUGGAGAAAAAGCCCAGGGAUUUUAUCAUGCAACUGAUGAAAUGGCUUCUCAUAGCUAUCCCCGCUACAUUCGUCAACAGUGCAAUCCGCUACCUGGAGUGCAAGCUGGCCCUGGCGUUUCGCACCCGGCUUGUGAACCACGCAUACAAAACCUAUUUCACCGACCAGACCUACUACAAAGUUAGCAACAUGGACGGCAGGCUGGCGAACCCUGACCAGUCGCUCACGGAGGACGUGAUGAUGUUUUCACAGUCCAUCGCACAUUUGUAUUCCAACCUCACCAAGCCCAUCCUGGAUGUCAUCCUCACGUCGUACACUCUCAUCCAGACGGCCCGGUCCCGCGGUGCUAACGCCUCAGGGCCGACGCUGCUGGCCGGGUUGGUGGUGUUCGCCACGGCUAAGGUGCUGCGGGCUUGCUCGCCGAAAUUUGGCAAGCUGGUGGCCGAGGAGGCCCACAGGAAAGGAUAUCUACGCUACGUGCACUCGAGAAUCAUUGCCAAUGCUGAGGAGAUAGCCUUCUACCGGGGUCACAAGGUGGAGAUGCGGCAGCUGCAGAAGUGCUACCGGGCUUUGGCGGAGCAGAUGAACCUGAUCCUGAACAAGCGCCUGUGGUACAUCAUGCUAGAGCAGUUCCUGAUGAAGUACGUGUGGAGCGGCAGCGGCCUGGUCAUGGUGGCCGUGCCCAUCAUCACCGCCACCGGCUUUGCCGACAACGAGUUGGCGGACGGCCAUACGCAGGUGAUGGUGAGCGAGAGGACGGAGGCCUUCACCACGGCCCGCAACCUGCUGGCAUCCGGAGCCGACGCCAUCGAGAGGAUCAUGUCCUCAUACAAAGAGGUGACAGAGCUAGCGGGCUACACGGCACGUGUGCACAACAUGUUCCUGGUGUUUGAGGAGGUCCAGAGGGGCAUCUAUAAGCGCUCCUCUCUUAACGGGGAGGUGGACAAGGCCGCCGGCCGCGCCGCGCUGCACAUCGACGGACCGCUACACAUCAAUGGGAAAGUGAUUGACGUGGAUAAGGGCAUCAUCUGUGAGAGUGUUCCCAUCAUCACACCCAGUGGGGACAUAGUGGUGUCCGGCCUCGAUUUCAAG